AUGGCCGAUGACAACCUGCCAGGGCUAGAACCUCCAGCCCAUCAAGUAGUCCGACGUGCACCUGAAGGUGCCAUCUCCCCAACGCUGGAGAGUUUGCCCGCCGAGCUGAGGACCAUACUGCUCAUGAGCAUACCAAAUCUGGCGACGCUGAGCCGACUCGUGCACGCGUCGCCCGUCUUCCAUGCCCAGUACCUGCUCGACCGCAAAUCCAUUCUCACUCGCGUCCUCCUGACAGAGACCACCGAGGAUGUUUUUGUCGACGUUUACGCUGCUUUCAGGUCCCGUCCAUACAAUAUCGGGCUACCCACGGGACCCAACACGAAUGUCACUAGCUUCCUCGCUUUAUAUCGAGUCUGGCGUUCUCCUUCUGCCAGUGACAGGCCAACUCUCGAAACGUGUUCGCUAGACGGAAUAUGUUGGAUGGCUCGGUUUCACCAGUCCACUGUCAAUCCUCUGGUCACCUACUUCAUUUCCUGGGCGCUCGCCAACUUCCGCUCCAGCCCCGUCCAGCCCAACGCCCAAUCUCCCGAGGCCGCGGAAGACCUGACAAGAACAGAGAAGACACGCCUGACGCGAGCACUCUACCGUUUUGAGGUGUUUUGCCACCUCUUCUGUGGAUCCCAAUAUGAGAGGUUCGUCGCCAUGGAUAUCAAUGAGGUCUUCUUCUCCAAUCUGGAUCUUGCACCCUGGGAGGCAGAGGAGAUGAACUGCAUCUACGCGUUUGUCAAGCAGAAUUAUGAAGCAGUGCUGGACGACGUCAAGGGGGAUUUGAAUGAAGAAAAUCCUAAAUUUGAUGGUCAAUUCGAGCCUGAGCUUCAGGGCUUAGCCUUCCCAAUUGACCAGGAUUACGAUGGGUUUUUAAACGGCACCAUCGGGCACGGCGGUCUAAAGCUGGCUCUGGAAAUGAUCAAGGCUGCGAGCCAUUACGAACGAGUGGAUCUGAUGACCAAGUCCCUUCAAAACGAGGGCGAUUUCUUUGAAGAGGCCGUGGGAUUCGCAGCCCAGAGGCACCGGCGGGACAUCCAGUUCGAUGACAGAGACCGGGCUGAGGAGAGGAGGCAGGCCAUGGCAUUCGCAGGCGACGACGCUGGCGCGCCACCGCUUGUUUGGACUCUCCUAUGGGGCGGGAAGUACUCGAAUCUCUUUGGCGAGUAUAUACCGGACGAGAUCAGACGGUGGGGAUAUGUCUUUUGGGACGCGCACCGAAUCGAUUUCGAUGACACGAAAGACUAUCUCAAGGAUCUGUGGGCCUCCUCGCCUGUGCUAAUGCGCGUCUGCCGCCAUUGGCCGUGGACGUCCGACGUACUAGAAGCUUUGGGCCGAUAUGUCGCAGCAGCCGAGAACCACUAA